AUUCAUUUCUCUCGAGAAGUGUUAUACUUGCGCAGCGGAAGCAAUGCCAUCAGACCCACCCUAACAUCUCCAGCAGAGUUUAGAAGCCAUCAUGGCCAUCAGAAAGGUGCCAAUUCUCCCCUACCGUCGAGGCUCGGACGCCUCCGAGGCGGACUUCUUCGACAUUCCCGACGAACCCUGCUGGGCCAUCAUCAAGCGCCAGCUGCGACACCUUCGGACCUGGGUGGUCUUCAUCUUCUUCGUUCUAUUUAUUCUGUUCCUCCGUCGGGAGAAACCCCCACCGCCCAAGGUGACCCAUAUCGACUACAGCAAAGUGGACUGGACCCGUUACGCCUACAGCCAAUAUGCCACCUCGAGUCCCUACCUCUGCAACGCCCUCCUGACGUUCGACGCCCUGGAGCGCCUCGGAAGCAAAGCUCAGCGCGUGCUCUUCUACCCUGAGAACUGGGAUGUGGUGGUCGAAAGUGAUCGGGAUCGGGACAGUCAGAUGCUGGCGCUGGCGCAUGAGAAGUACCGGGCGCUGCUGGUGCCGAUUGAUGUCCAGAUGGUCAAGGCUGGAGACGGCCCGAGCGAGUCCUGGGACAAAAGCACCUCCAAGUUCCUCGCCUUCGGCGAAACCGAAUUCGACCGGGUUAUCCACAUCGACUCCGACGCCACCAUCCUCCAGAACAUGGACGAGCUAUUCUUCCUACCGCCGGCGCAGGUGGCCAUGCCGCGCGCCUACUGGCAACUCCCGGACACGCGGCAGCUGUCGUCGCUGCUGAUCGUGCUCGAACCGUCGUUUAAGGAAUACUACGCGCUGACGGCGGCCGGCGAGGCGGUGACGUACGGCCAGGUCAACUCGACGGGGGCGACGACCGGGGCCCGCUACGACAUGGAGCUGAUGAACGAGCGGUACGGCGACUCGGCGCUGGUGCUGCCGCACCGCCAGUACGGGCUGAUCACGGGCGAGUUCCGCCGCGACGACCACCGCGCGUUCCUGGGCAACGAGUGGGAGGCCUGGGACCCUGAGCGCGUCCUCAGCGAGGCCAAGCUCGUCCAUUUCUCCGACUGGCCGCUUCCCAAGCCCUGGAUCAUGUGGCCGCAGGAGCUGCUGGCGGACAUGCUGCCCAAGUGCAAGGUCAAGCCUGGUACGCUUCAGGAGAGUGGCUGCAAGGACCGCGAGAUUUGGAAGAAACUCUAUGAUGACUACCGGCGCAGACGGAGGAACGUUUGCAAGCUUCUCAGCUACCCGGCCCCAAAUUGGCCUCCGAGGGAAGGGCCCGAGCAGCCCCUUUCCCAGGACCAAGAAUCUCAACCACUUUCAUAAUCAUUGGAUAUAUAUCAUACCAUAUUGCAAACAUGCGCGGCGUCAUCCGAUGUUUUCUUCUUUCUAGAUCGGGGGGUUUCGGGUUUGUCAUGUGUAAUAGAUUGUUGUAAACUUAACUUAUUUCGCACUCUGUACUUUCCGUCCUGGCCAUGGUUUUGGUGUCAGACAAAAAGCUUCAAUAUGAUGAG